GGCGGGGCGCUGGCCGGGUCCGGGCCUCACCUGGCGGCGGCAUGGCGGCGCAGGACCGGGGCGGCGCCGGGGGCAGAGUCCAGCGCGGGCGGACGGCAGGAGCCCGUGACAGGCGCGGAAGAUGCCGCUGGGGCUGAGGAGCAAGAGGAAGGACAAGUCCAAGGAAACCUCCAAGCUGGUGGAGGGCGAGACGGCGGGGCCGGUCCCCGCACCGGCCCCGGCAGCGAGUGCAUCGCGGCUGCAUUUCCACACGCAGUUGGCGCACGGCAGCCCCACUGGCCGCGUAGAGGGCUUCGGCAGCGCCGGAGAGCUCUACGCCAAGAUCGGCGAGGCCUUCGGCAUCGACCCUGCCGAGAUCAUGUUUUGCACUUUGAACACUCAUAAAGUUGAUAUGGACAAGCUCUUAGGUGCACAGAUUGGCCUUGAAGAUUUCAUAUUUGCCCACAUAAAAGGACAACGAAAAGAAGUGGAAAUACUUAAAACUGAUGAUAUGCUUGGGCUUACCAUUACAGACAAUGGAACUGGCUGUGCAUUUAUAAAGCGAAUCAAAGAAGGUAGCCUUAUGGACCAAAACAAAACGAUCUGCAUGGGCGAUCACAUAGAGAGUAUAAAUGGAAGAAAUGUGUCAAAUUGUCGGCAUUAUGAAGUUGCCAAAAUGCUAAAAGAUCUGGAGAAAGGCCAGAUGUUUAAGCUGGAGCUGAUAGAGCCUAAGAAAGCAUUUGAAAAGCUGGAACCAAGAUCCAAAGGUGGAACUCUGCCAGAAGCUAAGAUCUCCAAAGGGAGAGAAACACUUCGUCUGAGAACCAAAGGCCCUGCUACUGUGGAGGAAAUGCCAACUGAAGUUGAAGAAAAAGCAAUUAAAAAAGUGGAUGAGCUUCUUGAGACAUACAUGGGGAUAAGAGACAUUGAAUUAGCUGCAACAAUGGUGGAAGCUGGAAGAGACAAGAAGAACCCAGAUGAAUUUGCAGUGGCAUUGGAUGAAACUCUUGGAGACUUUGCAUUUCCAGAUGAGUUUGUAUUUGAUGUAUGGGGAGCAAUAGGUGAUGCUAAGCAAGGACGACUGGAGUGAGAACUGUGCAGUUUAUCAAUCCCUAUCUGAAAAAAAGGAUCAAAUACAUACAUCAGAAUUUUAAUACUUUUAUUGAUAUGAAUAAAGAGUGCUGGAAGUAUUCUUAUCUGAAGCUUUGUUUUGCAAAGAAGGUUUUUGAUAGAAACAUAAAGAUAACACUGAAGUUAUGACAAGUGAAUAUUUUAAGCAAUUUACAUAUAGAAAUCUCUGAGAGGAGUGUUUCAAGGAGAUAUACAGGCGAGUCAUCAAAAUAGGUAAUUGGUUUUUGUACAUACACUUUAAUACCAAUAUUCUGAAGACAGAUAUGCAACAAAGAGUUUGGAUUGUCAUAGAAUCAUAGAAUGGUUUGGGUUAGAAGGGACCUCUGAACGUCCACCAGCAUCUCUAAGUCCUUUUCUACAGGGCUGCUCUCAAUUUCAUCAUUCCUCAGCCUAUAUUGAUACUUAGGAUUGCGCUGACCUAGGUUCAGGACUCUCCACUCUGCCUUAUUUAACCUCAUGAGAUUUUCCUCAGUUCACUUCAGCCUCUUCAGGUCCCUCUGGAUGGCAUCUUGUCCUUCAGUCUUAUCAACUGCACCAUUCAGCUUGGUAUCAUCUGCAAACUCAAUCUCACUGUUGAUAUCACUGAUGAAGAAAUUGAACAGCACUGGUCCCAGUACAGACCUUUGAAGGACACCACUUGUCACUUGUCUCCAUCUAGUCAGUUUCUCAGGUGGUCCUGAACUUGAUCUUCCCUAAGAAUUUACCCCACUAGUCUGUGCCUAACGGUCCAUUGGUGUGGUUGAAUCGACACCCACAUAAUCUGUUCACUUAACCUCCACCUCCUGAGCCUUUUACCUAUUGCAUAGUGGCAGCUGAGGAGGCCUGGUGGGCAAGGAGAGGGUUCUCUUGCCUUCUCUAAUGGGGCAUUGCUUCCAUUCACUACUUAUUUUCAGGACCCUACCUAGAUCCUGCUGGGAGGAGGAUGCUGAAUCUCUUUGAUUCUGAGGUUUUUGUGGUGACUAUUCCUGUCCUCGUUCUGACUCAGGUCACAGUGUGUUUCCACGUAUCUAUGUCUUUCUCCAACUCUGUAAUGUUCCAUUUUCUCUUUUAACUCUAUUUCAUUUCUUCUUUAGAAAGGUUCAUAAACUUGAAGAACUACCUAGCUACAUAUUGCAAUUCCCUGGUGUUCUGUUAUCUUUGCUAUGUAUUCACAUACACAUAGAACUGUGGUAAGCCUAAAGCCUUAGGUUGUUUUACAGUUUGACCUAGACAUAGACUUUUCUGUAGCCAGAGCUGGGAAGAAGCUACCCUGUUUCUGAAAAACCUGAAUUCAGAAAAAAACAGGAGAGUCAGUGAAGGUGUUGAGUCCUGGAAGAUGUUAUUGGAAAGUCACAAAUGAUCACAUUUUGGCUGAAAAGUAUGUUAAACUAAUUUGUGAUUCAGGAUUUCCAACUAUGUUGUACAUAAACAUUUAGUUUAGCACAAUAUUUUGCUGAUGUCAGGUUAUUAAAAAUUAACUGUCUCUUUGAACAGAUCUACCACACCUGCAUUUAUCCUCCUGUUCACUGUGUAUUUAAUAAACAGUGAUGAAGUAAGUUUUGGGGUUUAACUCAUGACUAGAUUCCUUAUCAGUUUUUACUGUGUUUAGUUUAAGUCAGAUAUUUGGUAAUUUUAGAAAAGGCUGCUUUCAAGAGAUUAUUUUAGCCAAAUAAUGUGUAAUAAGUGUCCUUGAAAAUGAAACUGAACAAGGAUGUGGGGCCUGACCUGGGAAAGUGUCAUAGCUUUUUAGUAUUUUUAUAUUUCCCUAAAUAAAAUAAUAGGUGCUAAAAAUAUUUUCUAAAUCACCACCUAGUUAGUUCUAAGUAAAUGUCUGUCACUGCCUCAUGGAGAUCUCUUUUAAAAUAAAGACUGUGACAAUAAUA